UAGCCAACAGCCUUGCCAAACUGAGUGUCCGAGCUCUAAGUCGCCUUGGAGGUUAUCUGCCUGAAGAACAAGCAACACCAGAAAAUCCAACCAUAAGGAAAAGUUUAGCUGGCAUGCUGACCCCCUAUGUUGCUAGAAAACUUGCUGUGAUUAGUGCUACGGAGAUUUUGAAGAUGCUUAACAGUAACACAGAGAGCCCCUAUUUGAUAUGGAACAAUUCUACAAGAGCAGAACUACUUGAAUUUCUUGAAUCUCAACAGGAAAACAUGAUUAAAAAAGGUGACUGUGAUAAAACUUAUGGAGCAGAAUUUGUCUACAGUGAUCAUGCCAAAGAACUUAUUGUAGGGGAGAUUUUUGUCAGGGUCUAUAAUGAAGUCCCUACUUUCCCACUUGAGGUUCCAAAAGCAUUUGUUGCAAGUCUCUUGGAUUAUAUAGGUUCCCAGGCCCAGUACCUUCACACCUUCCUGGCUAUCACUCAUGCUGCAAAAGUGGAGUCAGAGCAACAUGGAGACCGCUUGCCAAGAGUUGAAAUGGCUUUGGAGGCUCUGAGAAAUGUUAUAAAAUAUAAUCCAGGCUCUGAAAGUGAAUGCAUUGGUCAUUUUAAGUUAAUAUUUUCUCUUCUUCGAGUCCAUGGAGCUGGUCAAGUACAGCAGCUGGCUUUAGAGGUUGUGAAUAUAGUGACAUCUAAUCAAGAUUGUGUCAACAAUAUUGCUGAAUCAAUGGUUUUGUCCAAUUUAUUGGCUCUUCUGCAUUCUUUGCCAUCAAGUCGUCAGCUUGUUCUGGAGACUCUUUAUGCUUUGACAUCAAGUACAAAAAUUAUCAAAGAAGCAAUGGCAAGAGGAGCUUUGAUUUAUUUACUAGACAUGUUCUGCAAUUCAACACAUCCACAGGUUUGAGCCCAGACAGCAGAACUUUUUGCUAAAAUGACAGCAGAUAAACUAAUAGGUCCAAAGGUUCGAAUUACAUUGAUGAAAUUUCUCCCAAGCGUUUUUAUGGAUGCCAUGAGAGACAACCCUGAAGCUGCUGUCCAUAUUUUUGAAGGAACUCAUGAAAAUCCUGAGUUAAUUUGGAAUGAUAGUUCCAGAGAUAAAGUGUCCACGACAGUUAGAGAAAUGAUGCUCGAGCACUUUAAAAAUCAGCAAGACAACCCUGACGUAAACUGGAAGUUGCCUGAAGAUUUUGCUGUGGUCUUUGGAGAAGCAGAAGGUGAACUUGCUGUUGGAGGAGUUUUCUUGAGAAUCUUCAUUGCACAGCCAGCUUGGGUUCUAAGAAAGCCUAGAGAAUUUCUUACUGCACUGCUGGAAAAGCUAACUGAGCUUCUAGAGAAGAACAGUCCUCAUGGAGAGACUCUGGAAACUUUGACAAUGGCAACAGUAUGUCUUUUCAGUGCACAGCCUCAGCUGGCUGAUCAGGUUCCACCAUUGGGCCAUCUUCCCAAAAUUAUCCAGGCGAUGAAUCAUAGGAACAACGCCAUUCCUAAGAGUGCCAUUUGAGUUAUUCACGCCCUGUCUGAAAAUGAGCUCUGUGUUCGAACCAUGGCAUCUUUGGAGACCAUUGGCCCACUGAUAAAUGGAAUGAAAAAACGACCGGAUACCAUUGGUCUAGCCUGUGAAGCAAUUAAUAGAAUGUUUCAGAAGGAGUAGAGUGAAUUAGUAGCACAAGCCCUGAAGGUAGAUUUGGUCCCAUACCUUUUAAAAUUACUUGAAGGCAUUGGCCUUGAAAAUCUGGACAGCCCAGCAGCCACAAAGGCUCAGAUUGUUAAAGCUCUCAAGGCAAUGACUCGAAGCCUGCAGCAUGGAGAACAGGUGAAUGAAAUCCUGUCUCGUUCUUCAGUCUGGAGUGCCUUCAAAGAUCAGAAACAUGAUUUGUUUAUUUCUGAGUCACAAACAGCAGGAUACCUCACAGGACCUGGAGUUGCUGGCUGCCUUACUGCAGGGACAUCCUCAUCAGACAUGUCCAACUUGCCGCCUCCUGUAGACCAUGAGGCAGGUGACCUUGGCUAUCAGACGAGAAACUUUCAUGAGAGACAAUAAACGCUGAAAGGCCAGUGCCCUGUCCACAUUCCUCCAGCUGAUCCAUUGAAGAAAACUCUUAACUGCCUUUCUCCUGGUUUCAUGACAGUGUUAUUCCUUUUUCUAUAAAUAUAUUUUUAUUUAGGAAAAAAGUCAGUGAUUCUAAUUGUAUCACGUUACAAGAAAGCACUCUGUGGAUCAACCUAAGUGGGUACACAAGAAUUUUUUUUCUUGAUGUAUGUAAGCACAUUUUGUUCCUUUAUAUCUGUUUACAAGACUGUGAAUCAAAAAGACAAAGCUUUCUUCCUAGUUUUUAUAAUGUUUUUUCGAAUUAGUGUGACUGUGGGGUUGAACUACAGUCUACAGAGAUUGGGAAAUCAAAGUCACUCAGCCCCCAGAAGGGCAUUUCCCUCUCCUGCCUCAAGUCUGCCUGGCUGUUCUCCCAUUGUUGAACACUUUUGGGUUUUGUCCUUGCACCUGUUCACUGGUAUCCUCUCCUCAAUCAUUUAACCUCCUGAGAGCUCACAGUACACGUUGAUGUAUAUAACUGGCUUUACCAAAUUGAAUGAAAAAGAAGCUUGUGCAAAAAAAUUUAAAAACAGAUGUCAAGAUGUUAUGUAAGAGAUUAGUGUAAUUGUGAAAUGUUCUAUACAUUAUCAAAUAUAUAAAGCUUUCUAUAUUGAAUGUACAUUAUACAGAUCAUUCAUAUGUGUACAUAAAAUUUUAAAAAUAAAGGGAACUGACUGCUUUGUUAAUGA